AUGUCCGAUCAUUCACGCUUUUCCGACUGGACUUUGCAGGACCGGAAUCCGGCUAUAUUUCCAGUAGCUGGCCAGUAUAAUGAAAUCGACGACGUUGAUGGCGAGACCGUAACUGGCGAGGGCGCCGAUGAUGUGGAUUCGACGAAGGAUCAGAGCAAGGCCGGAGAUUAUUUGAUUCAACUAGAAGAUGACGAUGGACACAAAGACCCAGAACUGCAAUAUGCACAAGCUACCGACGGUGAACCCGACACAUACUGGAGACACCCCACUGCUGCUGCAUCGGGAAAGAAUUGGCUGUUGAUUCUCAUCGGUUUUCUAUCGGCAUAUUCAAUGUACAACUACUCGGAAGGUAUCCCGGAAGAAGAUAGAAUCUUCAUCGACUGGUUCCUCAAAUGGGCCAUGGGGCCGUUUUGGGAGCCGACAACGGGGUACCUUGUGGUGGUCAUACUGCUCUACAUCGCGAGUAACUGUGUGCUCGCCUACAGACAAGGUCUCGCGCUGUUUCUGAUGGCUUUCGUCUUUUCUGGGUCUUUUGGCCAUUUGUUGGUAGCCCUGUGGCGUGGCAACUGGGGAAAUGUACUUCUGGCGGACAUUCCUCUAAGGUUGAACGUCGUCGUCUUCCUCGUGCAGAUUUUUAUUACGGUGCAGCAUCGAUCGGGGCGAGGAUUUUCCCGAGGAACGCUUCUGCAAGAGGUGAAGAGGGUUGUGGCACGAAAGAAGGAUGACUGCGAGGCUCAAGAAUCAGGAGGAAGGGGUGAUGCGAAUGAUGGGACAGCUGUGGAUGGAGGCGAGCAUCGCGAAAGUUAUGGUGCGUGUUAA